UUAUAUAGGUCAUCCUUUUUAUUAAAUAAAAACCGACCUUUUCUUAAAAAUAAAUUGACCAAUUAAUUAAUUUAAUUAAUUAAUAUAUUUCUCAGUAUGAUUUAUUAUUGAAUAUUUUGUGAACACACACGCACUCUAAGCUCGUCUGACGCAGCUGUACCGCCACCUCUCGCCGCCGGCCGCCGGCGCCGCUGAGCUCCCCGCGAUGAAGCAAAUGACGUGGCCGUGCAAUUCCGAAGGCCACCAUCACUUCGCAUCGCUCCCCUUUUUCAGGAAGCCCCAUGACUCCCCAACUCCGGCCAAACCCUCCAAACCCCACCUCUCGUUCUUCAAUUCGGGCCCCAAAUCGCCGCCUCGUCCGCCGCCGCAGGGAUCGGAUUUCUCGGCGUUGCCGUACGACGUGCUGGCGAGGAUCGCGGCGCCGUUCGCGCUGCCGAGCCUGAAGACGGCGUCGCUGGUGUGCCGGGCGUGGAGGGACGCGCUGAAGCCGCUUCGCGAGGCGAUGGUGUUCCUCAAGUGGGGGAAGCGGUUCAAGCACGGCCGCGGCGGGGUGAAGGCCAAUUCGAGGAAGGCGCUCGAUUCCUUCCUCAAGGGGGCCGCGCGUGGGUCCACGCUCGCGAUGGUGGACGCCGGGUUGAUUUAUUGGGAGAUGGGGAAGAAGGAGGAGGGGAUUGCUUGGUAUCGGCUGGCGGCGGAGCUCGGUGAUCCUACUGGACAGUGUAAUUUGGCCAUUUGCUAUUUGCAAGCUCAUCCUUCUAAGACCGGAGAGGCGAUUGGAUGGUUAUACCAGGCUUCCUUUGCUGGCCAUGUUCGUGCUCAAUACCAACUUGCACUUUGUUUGCACCAAGGUCGAGGGGUGGGACGGAGUCUUCCAGAAGCGGCUCGUUGGUACCUAAGAGCAGCGGAAGGGGGAUACGUGCGUGCAAUGUACAAUACAUCUCUUUGCUACUUGAUGGGCGAAGGUCUGGUGCAGUCUCACCGAUUGGCUCGAAAAUGGAUGAAGAGAGCUGCUGAUCAUGGCCACAGCAAAGCUCAAUUUGAGCACGGACUUGGUCUCUUCUCUGAGGGUGAUAUGAUGAAGGCCGUGGUGUACCUGGAGCUGGCCACCCGAGCCGGAGAGAGAGCCGCUGCUCAUGUGAAGAAUGUUAUUCUCCAGCAACUCUCAGCAUCCUCUCGUGAUAGGGCGAUGCUCCUUGCAGAUACCUGGCGCGACUUGCCUACCCGUCCCUCUUGAUGUCCUUGCUCGUUGCGAUGCAGCAGCGCGUCUCGGUUGGUAUGUAUGUAUAUUUCCCUAGAAUAAUGUCAGAUCUAUAUAUGAUGAUAUGCACCAAAAUCAUCCACUUCAUCUGUAAGUUUGCAACUGUUUCCUGAUUUGCCGAUUGUAAUAUCUUGUAAAUUCGAAUCACACUAGUUAUAGACUAUAGAGGCCAAAUGAACAUAUGAUUAUAAGAUUAUGGAGAAAUGUUUAGAGAAAUUCACAAAAA